UCCUCCUGUGAACCAAAAAUCGGGCAAAAGUGGUCAGUCGGUGCGUGUGGAAUGCACAUGAGAGCCGAGAUCGCGCGCCUCCGAAAACUCCUGAAAACGGCGAGCAUGCGCGCUGCACCCGCUAUCGACCAGCUGAAGGCGUGCUUUGUUAUUGUCAAGUCAAAUUGAAAAGCAAGCGUUAGAGAAAGUCGAAAGAGGGUGCACCGUCACCGUGGACACGCACUUGACAUCCCAAGGGGAGAAUUAUUCAUUAUCGUCUGAUUCAGAUUGCAGGCGAUCGAUUGAAGGUCAGGCAAACAUGGUCGACUCGUCAUUAAUCCAGAAGAAAAUCCUGCACGCCGGGAAGCAAUAUAAACCUAUCCAAUCAGGCACCAAGGUUCACUUCCACUUUGUGACCAAGAGAUGUGACGACCAGACCAUUCUAGACGACAGUAGAAAAAUGGGCAAGCCAAUGGAGCUGAUCCUGGGCAAAAAAUUCAAGUUGGAGGUGUGGGAGGCGAUCAUUCAGACAAUGAGCUUGAACGAGGUUUCGCAGUUUACUGUCGACAAAAGCCUGGUCGCGUCUUAUCCAUUUGUGUCAAAAACGUUGCGAGACUCGUUCAAGCCCAAGGAGCAUCGCAACCACCACUGCUGCGGCGUCACUCUGCAGACAGAGGGAAUCGGCUAUGACGACCUCAAUCAUCUCAUGAGGGUGCCAUGCGACCUUGAGUUCGUCAUGGAACUUCUGAGUGUGGAGGACGAAUACAAAAGAGAGUCGUGGCAGCUGAGUGAGGAGGAGAAGGCAGACUCAGUGCCGCGGCUGCGAGAGCAGGGCAAUGAGCUUUUUCGCAAGGGUCUGUGCCAGGAGGCGUCCGAGAAAUACUCGGAGGCGAUAGGAAUGCUGGAGCACCUGAUGCUCAAAGAAAAGCCUGGUGAUCAGGAGUGGAACGUGCUGAACGCGCAAAAACUGCCGCUGCUGCUCAACUUUGCCCAAUGUAGACUCAACCAGGGCGAGUACUACGCCGUCAUCGAACACUGCAGCACAGUGCUUGAGAGCGAGCCAGACAGUGUAAAGGCACUGUUCAGGCGAGGAAAAGCGCAUAUCGGCGCUUGGAACCCAAAUGAGGCGAGAAAAGACCUUCAGAGGGUGGCACAAUUACAGCCAAACCUCGCGCAGGCGGUCGCUGCAGACCUCAAGAAAAUCGACGAGGAAGAAAGGAAAAGAGACGCCCAGGACAAGGCAAAGUUUGCGGGGAAACUGUUUUAAACAACAAUUAUCUGAAUCUUUAAUUGUGAUACGUGGAAUUAAAUCUUUUGCUGUUACCUUAAUCA